AUGACAUUGCUGCAUGGCUUAAAACACUGGGACUUUCGGAACAUUCCCGAAAAUUUCAACAGCUUCAAAUUACUGGUAUCCAUUUGCUGUCCUGUGAUCGUAUCCUGUUCACGCAGCUCGGUGUUACACGUAUCGCUCAUCGGCAACUCAUCGUACAGUCACUGA